GAGAGAGAGAGAAGGGGAGAGAGAGAGAAAGAAAGAGAAAGACACACACAUAUACACAAGAGAGAGGGGCUUUUUUUGGGGUAUAUUUAAUACAGAAACUGAGGAGCUACAUAUUCAGACAAGCCUCGCCCUUCAUGCACGAUAUGGGCUCUCCAGGGCAGAUCCCGGGACAAGAUAUGGAGCUGUGAACCAGCCCUUCUCUCCAUCUCCCAUUUUGCUGCUUUGCCUGCUUCUCUCUCCCCCAAGAAAACACAACCCACCUCUUCCAACUCUGCUAUAGCGGUUUGGCUCCGACUCCUCUAAGAGAAGAAGAAGAAGAAGAAAAGAGAGAGGGGGAGAAAAAAAAACCCAAGUGGGAGGGAGUAGUAAACUUUCCCCAGCUGCUGUCCAGACACACACAUGCUGCAUUGCUGCCAUUCCCCAAACACUGCUCCAUCCAUCCCUAGGGCUCGGCCACUAGCUUGCUAACGUAGCGGGCUAGCUGUUGGCACAAAAAGCAAGGCCUGUCCUUAGGGAUAAAAAUACAAGCAGACUGUGUCCACUUGUCUCUUUCUUUCUUUCUUUCUUUUGUAUCCUGCUGUUUUUCCGGGUCAACCCAGCCCCAUACUCGCCGGCUCCCUUUCUGUGUUCAGCGCGUCAUUCCCGCUGCUCUGAGCAGUGGAGGAUCGCUAAAGUAGGCAGCCGCUCAUUCAUUUAAAAAGCAAGGCAGCCUGAGGAGGAGGGGGAACUAGAGGAGGUUUACUCAUCUGAGGAACGGGAUGAUGGAGCCCAGCAUGGAGAACUGCCUGACCCAGGUCCUGCAGAAGGACAUGGGCCGACGGCUGCAGGUGGGUCAGGAGAUCAUCGACUACAUCCUGGAUAAGGAGAAGUCCUACGACCUGGAGCAGGAUCAGACCGCUCUGGAUAAGAUGGUGGACGGCAUCGCUAGCUCGUGGGUCAACUGCAGCAACUUCAAGAUGUCUCUGCUCGGCUUGGACCUCUUAUCUGCCUUAGUGACGAGGUUACAGGAGAGAUUCAGGGCUCAGGUGGGAACAGUUCUGCCCAGCCUUAUCGAUCGAUUGGGAGAUGCCAAAGACCAAGUGAGAGAACAAGACCAAACCCUGCUGCUAAAGAUCAUGGAGCAAGCCGCCACACCACAGUACGUUUGGGACCGGAUGCUGGGAGGCUUCAAACAUAAGAACAACAGGACCAGAGAAGGAGUGUGCCUUUGCCUCAUCGCCACACUGAACUCGUACGGAGCUCAAGGCCUGACUCUCAGUAAAAUUGUCCCCCACAUAUGUAACCUCCUGGGAGACCCAACGAGUCAGGUGCGAGACGGAGCCAUGAGCUCCUUGGUGGAGAUCUACAGACAUGUGGGUGAGAGGGUGAGGAUGGAUCUGAGCAAGAAGGGCCUGCCACAGUCACGGUUGAAUGUAAUCUUCAGCAAAUUCGAUGAAGUCCAAAGAUCGGGGAACAUGAUCUCAUCCUCUGGCUCAGAUAAGAACUUUGAAGAUGAGGACUCUGUGGAUGGAGGCCGGUCCUCCUCGUCCUCGUCCUCUAAAGCUCCCCCUAGUGGCAGGAGGACUGUAAUGAGCUCUGUGAGAAGACCAAGCUCAGCCAACACAGUGAAGAUCACAGGUAAAGAAGCCGCGGCCGGAGCUGUAGAUGAAGAGGAUUUCAUCAAAGCCUUUGAAGACGUGCCCACAAUCCAGAUCUACUCUAAUAGAGAGUUUGAGGACCAGAUGUCAAAGACCAGAGAAGUUCUGUCUGAUGAUAAACAUGACUGGGAGCACCGAGUGGUAGCACUGAAGAAGGUGCGUUCCCUCCUGCUAGCCGGAGCUACAGAGUAUGAAGGUUUUCCUCAGCAGCUGCGGCUCCUCGAGGCUCCGCUCAAGACUUCAGCUAAAGACCUGCGAUCCCAGGUGGUCCGAGAGGCCUGCAUCACACUGGGAUAUUUGUCGUCACUGCUGGGUAACAAGUUCGACCACGGGGCGGAGAGCGUCAUGCCCACACUGCUGAACCUCGUGCCCAACAGUGCCAAAGUCAUGGCCACGUCUGGAGUGGCAACCAUCCGCCUCAUCCUCAGGCAUACACACUACCCUCGUCUCAUCCCCAUCAUCACCAGUAACUGCACGUCCAAAUCAGUAGCAGUCAGACGACGCUGUUAUGAGUUUCUAGACCUCAUGCUACAAGAGUGGCACACUAAUACACUGGAAAGACACGUGGCUGUUCUGACUGAAACCAUCAAGAAAGGCAUACACGAUGCAGACUCAGAGGCCAGAUCCAUCGCAAGAAAGUGCUAUUGGAGUUUCCAUGGUCACUACAGUCGGGAGGCAGAGCAUCUCUUCCAGGCGCUGGAGUCCACCUAUCAGAAAGCUCUCCAGUCUCACCUGAAGAGUUCAGACAGCAUCGUGUCUCUACCGCAGUCUGACCGCUCCUCUUCCUCUUCCCAGGAGAGUCUUAAUCGUCCGCUGUCUGUGAAGAGCGUCCUCGGAGGAAGCAUGACAAGGAGUAAGCUGGUGAGCGCCAGGGUUUCCAGCACGCCCGGUUCCCUCCAGCGUUCCCGUAGCGACAUCGACGUCAACGCCGCCUCCAGCGCUAAGUCACGUCUGUCCACCGUCCCCGCCUCCUCGCCGUUCAGCUCCGCCGCCGCUCUUCCUCCAGGAUCCUACGCCUCAUUAGGUCGUGUCCGCACUAGAAGACAGAGCUCGGGCAGCGUCGGUGGAGCCAACACCUCGGUGGUGGACAGCAGGGGGCGCAGCCGAGCCAAAGUGGUCUCCCAGUCUCAGCCUGGCAGUCGCUCCAGCUCUCCUGGCAAGCUGCUCGGCCACAGCAGCUACGGCCGCAUCCCUCGAGCCACGGCGACGGCCAACACCACGCCGGCCGACAAACGCAGCAGGAUCCCCCGAAGCCAAGGGUGCAGCCGCGAGACAAGCCCCAGCAGAAUGGGCCUCGCCCGGAGCCGCAUUCCCCGCCCCAGCAUGAGUCAGGGUUGCAGUCGCGACACCAGUCGCGAGAGCAGCCGCGACACCAGCCCCGCUCGGGGCUUUACUCCUCUGGAUCGGUACGGUUUGAUUCACCAAGCCAGAAUCUCUGCAUCAGUUAACGCCAUGAGGGUCCUUAACACGGGCACCGAGGUGGAGGCUGCUGUUGCUGAUGCUCUGCUAUUAGGAGACUCCAGGAAUAAGAGGAAGCCUUUGAGGCGGAGGUACGAAUCCCCGGGGAUGUACUCGGACGAUGAUGCCAACAGCGACGCGUCCAGCGCCUGCUCGGAGCGCUCGUACGGCUCCAGGAACGGCGGCAUCCCGCAUUACCUGCGCCAGACGGAGGACGUGGCCGAGGUCCUGAACCACUGCGCCAGCUCCAACUGGUCAGAGAGGAAGGAGGGUCUGCUGGGUCUGCAGAAUCUCCUCAAGAGCCAAAGAAUACUGAGCCGAGUGGAGCUGAAGAGACUCUGUGAGAUCUUCACGAGGAUGUUUGCGGAUCCACACAGCAAGAGAGUGUUCAGCAUGUUCCUGGAGACUCUCGUGGACUUUGUCACGGUGCACAGAGAAGAUCUACAGGACUGGCUUUUCGUCCUUCUCACCCAGCUGCUGAAGAAGAUGGGCGCAGACCUGCUGGGCUCAGUCCAGGCCAAAGUCCAGAAGGCCCUGGAUAUCACAAGGGAGUCCUUCCCAUUCGACCAACAGUUCAACAUCCUGAUGAGGUUUAUAGUGGAUCAGACUCAGACUCCAAACCUCAAGGUCAAAGUGGCCAUAUUGAAGUACAUCGAGUCGUUGGCUCGGCAGAUGGAUCCCACGGACUUUGUGAACUCCAGCGAGACUCGACUGGCCGUGUCUCGUAUCAUCACCUGGACGACUGAACCCAAAAGCUCUGACGUCAGGAAGGCGGCCCAGGUGGUGCUCAUCUCCUUGUUUGAGCUCAACACCCCCGAGUUCACCAUGCUGCUGGGAGCUCUGCCCAAAACCUUCCAGGAUGGAGCCACCAAGCUGCUGCACAACCACCUGAAGAACUCCAGUAACACCAGCAGCAGCAGCGUGGGGUCUCCGAGCAACACCAUUGGCCGAACGCCUCAGCGUCACACUCCCAGCAGGACUAGCCCGCUCACGUCUCCGACCAACUGUUCACACGGAGGACUUUCACCAAGCAUGAUGGAGUACGACACAGAGAAUAUGAACUCUGAGGAGAUUUACAGUUCGCUGCGUGGCGUCACCGAGGCCAUUCAGAGCUUCAGCUACCGCAGCCAGGAGGACCUGAACGAGCCAAUCAGACGGGAGGGAAAGAGGGACGACGCGGCCGGUAGAGAAGGAGUGGCAUCAUCUCCUGGCUCUGACGCCCGCCUGGGUUUGGACGUGGUGGAAGGAGGUCGCACCGCCUUGGACAACAAGACUUCUCUGCUCAACACGCCGUCGUCACGCUCCUUCACCGGGCCGCGGGGCAGAGAGUUCGCCCCUUACGGCUACGGAGAAUCCAUCUGCACCUACGAUAAGAGCGCCCUGAAGGAAGCUGUGUUUGAUGAUGACGUGGAGCAGUUCAGAGACUGCCGACGUCAGGAAAUUGGUGAAAACAAGAUGACGCACCCCAAGGUCUUUGGUCCUGUCGGUCAGGAUCACUCAGACAUGGUGGCCGACCUGCUUAAGGAACUGUCCAAUCACAACGAGCGUUCGGAGGAGCGUAAAGGCGCCUUGGUGGAGCUGCUGAAGAUCACACGAGAAGACAGCCUGGCCGUGUGGGACGAACACUUCAAAACCAUCCUCCUCCUCCUGCUGGAGACACUGGGGGACAAAGAUCACACCAUCCGAGCUCUGGCCCUGCGCGUGCUGAAGGAGAUUUUAAGGAACCAGCCGGCCCGCUUCAAAAACUACGCCGAGCUCACCAUCAUGAAGACGCUGGAGGCUCACAAAGACUCUCACAAGGAGGUGGUUCGUGCAGCUGAGGAGGCAGCCUCCACCUUGGCCGGCUCGAUCCACCCGGAGCAGUGCAUCAAGGUGCUCUGCCCCAUCGUGCAGACGGCCGAUUACCCCAUCAACCUGGCCGCCAUCAAGAUGCAAACCAAAGUCAUUGAACGCAUCGCCAAGGACUCUCUCCUGCAGUUGCUGCCGGACAUCAUCCCAGGACUCCUGCAGGGCUAUGACAACACAGAGAGCAGCGUUCGCAAGGCCAGUGUGUUCUGUCUGGUGGCUAUCUACUCUGUGAUUGGAGAGGACCUCAAACCCCACCUGGCACAGCUCACGGGCAGCAAGAUGAAGUUAUUGAACCUCUACAUCAAGCGAGCUCAGACGACCAACAGCAAUAGCAGCAGCUCCUCGGACGUCUCCUCUCACAGUUAAUGGAGGGGAGCUGUUUUUCCUUGGGAGACGCCCCCCCCACCCCCACCCCUGCCCCCCCUGCGGCUGGACGGCUGUCCGAGACGCUCCUCUCAGACUCCUCUAUCUCUGAGCUUCCCUUCCUCGGCAUCAUAACUCAAACUCCACUGCGCUUUUCUUUUUUUGUUCCUCCUCCUCCUCCUCUUCUUCCUCCUCCUCUUCCUCCUCCCGCCCCUGCCUGCCUUUUUUUGGCUCUGGAAACUUUUUGAAUGUAACUGUGGAUUGACUUUAGAGCGGUGGGGGAAGAGACUCGACAUAUUUAAGAGUUUUUGUUUUUUUUUUGGAUCGCUUCAUGAAAGAAAGAAUUGCACUUUCUCUUCCUCGCGCCUCUUUUUUUUUCUCUCUCUCUCUCUCUUACUCUCUCUUUAUAAACGAGAGAUUCUCCUGCAGCCGUUACAUUUUGGUGGAAUGAGGAGUUCAUGUUUGAGAUUCAUGCAAAAAUAUCUGCAUCAAAAAGUUGAGGAAAUAAUAAUAAUAACAACAAUAAUAAUAAUAAUAAUAAUAAUAAUAA